AUGGCUAUGAACGUUCGUAGUCUAACUCGAAUUAUCCUAGUUGUUGGUUGUUGUUGUUUAUUAAUUGGUUAUUGUUUACGACCUAGUAAACAACAGAAGCAGUCGAUCAAUGAUAUAUUAACAAUAAAAUCUCUUGGAUCAGCUGUUAAUAUAAUCGACCCUUACAUGAAAUUAGAGAACGAUGUGAAAUGUAUCAAAACAAAAGUACUACUUAAUUUAUAUAAUACAACAGUCUGUAUUUAUGACGAUAAAGAUACCGUCAGUACCUCACUCGCUCAAACACAUAUUUGGGACGAAGGUUAUGUUACUCGAUUAUUAAAAAUUCUUAUACAAAAUCCGCAUUUAGAUGUGAUCGAUAUCGGAGCUAAUAUAGGUAGUUAUACUAUGUUUACUGCUGGAGCACUUGGUCGUUUCACACUAUCAGUUGAUUGUUUUAUGCCGAAUAUUGAGCGUAUUGUUAAAGCUGUACAAAUUCAAAACGUUCAAAAUCGUGUUGUUUUAGUUCAAAAUGCACUUUAUGCAAAAUCUGGAGAGAUUUUAAGGUUAACCAAGGAAUCUGCUGCUGGAUUGCAGCUAACUAAUAAUACUCAGAUGGAUACAGACUCUCAUUAUAAUGUAAAAACAAUUCGAUUUGACGAUUUACUUCCUAUAUUAAUUGAAAGAAAAGUUCGUGCUGCUGUAAUUAAAAUUGAUAUUGAAGGAUCGGAAAGUUAUAUGUGUGAGACUGGCUCUAAAGUAUUUGAAGUAAUCGAUAUACAACUUGUAAUAAUGGAAUGGGGUCAUGGUUUUCGAAAAUGGUAUAAAAGUCGAUAUCAAUCAAUGGUUAAAUUUUUCGCAUUACUCGACUAUGUUGCAUCAGACGAAAACUGUAAUGUACACGAUCCAGCAAAUUGGGAGGCAACAUGGCCAGGAAAUAUUUACUGGAUAAAACGAAUUAAUUUUCGAAAUAACAUUUGCUAA